UGUAACUUCUGUACCACCUUCUCCGAAAACAUGGCUGCUCCCAUGGCACUCAGGCGAGAACUGUGUUCUUUGGCAAGGAUGUUUAGUGGAAUCCCAUAUUUGGGACCGAGAGCUUUGGGCGCUUGUGCAGGUCAAAGGAAAUAUAACAUAAUCGGGUCCCAUCUCCCACUGAUAUCCAGCACUUCCUUCCACACAGCAACAGUGCUUUCAUCAACACCUUCAUCAAUCACUGUCACAGAAGAGCCUGACACACUGUUUCAGAAGGUGUCACUAUUAGUCAAAAGUCAUGACAGGGCUGUGUUGGACAGCUAUGAGUUCUUUGCCACCAUGGCAGCUAAAGAGCUGGGCAUCACCAUCAGCAAAGUUUCUGAGCCUCUCAAGGACAUUGAGAGGUUUACACUCCUGAAGUCAGUUCACAUCUUCAAAAAACACAGGGUCCAGUAUGAGAUGAGGACACACUACCGGUGCAUUGAGCUGUCUCAUAUUACAGGCUCCACAGCACAGGUAUACCUUGAAUACAUUGAGAGGAACCUCCCUGAAGGUGUAGCCAUGGAGGUGACAAAGACUGCCAUGGAGAAGGUUCCAGAUCACAUCCUUGAACCCAUGUGGAAGGAUCACCCCGUUGAUAAUACGCCCAAUAAGUAAAUUCAGCGAUGAGCGACAGAUGCUCAUUGAUGUCUUUUCUCAGCUUUCAGCGAAUAUGUUGGGUAAAUAGGAAGACAUGGGAAAAAUGCAAUAUUAACAUAUGGUUGUCAUGAACUGCUCAUCAUAGAUUUCAACAUGAUCAUCAAAACAGAGUUCAACACCAUAGAGAAAGGGCCAGCUAUUGAACUUGCAUUAUGUCAACAACCACUGUGUUUUCAUUGUCUUUUCUGUGGUAAAACAGUGUGGGAACAAUUGUAUGUUGUAUUAUUUUUUUCAAUAAAUAAAUUCAUCAUUUAAUGUCAA